AUGACGAGGCUCGGCCAAUCAGAGGUCAGCCUGUAUGACGAGGCUCGGCCAAUCAGAGGAGUAGGCCCUGCACCUCCUGCAGGAGGAGGAGGCUCCUUCGCCUUCUACAGGAGGAGGCCCAGCACCUCCUGCAGGAGUAGGAGGCCCAGCACCUUCUACAGGAGGAGACCCAGCACCUCCUACAGGUGGAGGAGGCUCCUGCGCCUCUUACAGGUGAGGAGACCCAGCACCUCCUACAGGUGGAGGAGGCUCCUGCGCCUCUUACAGGUGAGGAGGCCCAGCACCUCCUACAGGUGGAGGAGGCUCCUGCGCCUCUUACAGGUGAGGAGGCCCAGCACCUCCUACAGGUGGAGGAGGCUCCUGCGCCUCUUACAGGUGAGGAGGCCCAGCACCUCCUACAGGUGGAGGAGGCUCCUGCGCCUCUUACAGGUGAGGAGGCCCAGCACCUCCUGCAGGAGGAGGUACUGCUCUAUAGUCCCCGCCCCCUCUAUAGGCCCUGCCCAUUGUCGGCAUUCUGUCUCGUGA